AUGCAUUUUCUAACAACGUUGCAAGACAAAAAUUCUACAACAAAUUUUGUGGGCAAAUUUACCCAAAGUGUUCGACGUAUUGUGCAAGAUGUCAAAGAUGAAGGAGCCCCCAGUGGCAUGAGUCGUGAGGAAGUUAUAGAAACCAACGAGAGAUUAAGAAAUUUACGCAUACGUUUGGAAGAGUCCUACGAUACAGCCAAACAGGCUUUAAUAAAUCUCAUGAAUAAAUAUGGCGAUUCGAAAAGUCAACGUAAUGUUUUCCAGCGUUAUCCCAUGCUCAAAUUAAUGAUUAAGGAUGUCAUACGCCUGGAAACACAAUAUUGGGCUUUAGUUGAUAUACCUCGCCAGGAAAAGCAAGAAACCGUACCCUCAUAUGUUAUGCGCGCCUGUUCGAUUAUGGAAAAAACUCAAAAAUCUGGUGAGGGCGUUAAAACCUCUGCGAAAUUGGCCGAAGAGGCAGCAGAAAAGAGAGAGCGUAUGGAAAGAUUGGAGCAUUUAACCACCGCACAAAUCGAACUAGAAAACACACAACUAAUUAACGAUUUAUAUAGAUUAUUAAAAAAGUAUUUAGGCCUGAGACAUCUAAUAAGAGUGUUAAAGGAAGAAUAUGGCAGUUCAAAAUUGUAUCCCAUAUUUCCACGUUACACCAUGCUCAAGGAUAUGAUAAAAGGAAUAAUGCACGAUCCUGAUUAUAUGGAAGUAUGUCAUGAAAUAAACAAUUGA